GUUUUCUUUGUCCACAGUAGAUUGAAUAUAAGGAGGCGAGUAUGAGUUAGUGAGUGUGAGGAGGGCAGGAGAGGGUGUGCCCGAGGGAGUGUUCCUGCGGGCGGCCGCCGCUGCCGGGGCCUCCAUUGUUUACACUGUGACGGAAGACCACCAAAGCGGGACGGAAGUGUCAACUGCUUCACAAUCUCCCUCAUAACACUAGUGCUGCUGCUGCCCUCGCUCACUCACAAGGUUAUGUUCUCUGGCGUGGGAAUUGAAAAGAAAGGCAAGAUUAAAAGCAUUAGUGAGGGUGGCAGUAUAAGUAGCAGUAGCAGCACCAGUGGGACGAGCAGCAGCAGCUGCAGCAGUCGCAGCAAUAAAAGUGGCAGUAGCAGCAGCAGUCGCAGCAAUAAUAGCGGCAGCAGCAGCAGCAGCAAUAGCGGCAGCAGCAGUAGUAACGGUAGUUCCCCACCGGGAACCCCACCUCACGUGCAGAUGGCUUCUCAUGAGAGUCUAAAUUCAGAAUCAAAAUCGAGCUCUCUCAAUUCCAAACUUGGGCAUGAGUCGGCGGGGUCUCCCUCGGCGGGGUCACCCUCCCCCCCUAAGAGCGUCUGCUCUUCAAGCUCCACCUCCACUGACCAACACCAUCACCACCAACUAUCGCAUGUCCUCAACGCCACUUCAAAAUUGGUUGUACGAGAUGGAUCCAGAACACUACGACCUGAUGAACCUUCACUAGUUCCUGGGGAACAUAUGGAGGGGACAGCACGAGAGGUGACGUACCUUUGCCCAUAUAUAGGUCCAAGAAAAGGCACCCUGUCAGUCACCAAUUAUCGGUUAUACUUUCGGAGUCCUGACAGUGAUCCUCCUUUUGAAUUAAAAGUACCAUUGGGUGUGGUAUCAAGAAUAGAGAAAGUGGGUGGUGCAAAUACUAGCCGUGGUGAAAACUCCUAUGGUAUUGAAAUAUUUUGUAAAGAUAUCCGAAACUUGCGGUUUGCCCACAAGCAGACUGACGUACAGUACAACCCGCCCAUUGACAGAGAAAUGAAUAUCACAGUAUUCAGGCGGUUCAGGAUCCUACAAAAUUUUGGUGGUUAUGGAACUGGUCUAAUAAAUGAGGAAAACCACUCUCGGCGGAUGGUGACAGAAAAGCUAUUGCAAUAUGCAUUUCCUGCGUCUCAUAAGCUGCCUUUCUUUGCUUUUGAGUACUGUGAGCAGUAUCCCGAAAAUGGUUGGAGUGUUUAUGAGCCCAUUGCUGAAUUGAAGAGACAGGGAUUACCAAAUGAAUCUUGGCGCAUCACACGAAUAAAUGAACUCUAUGAGUUAUGUGAAACCUACCCAGCAGUAUGGGCAGUGCCAGCAGCAGCAAGUGAUAACGACCUGCGUAAUGUUGCAGCUUUUAGGAGCAGAGGAAGAAUUCCGGUGCUAAGUUGGAUUCACCCAGAAAGUCAGGCAACUAUUACUCGCUGCGCUCAGCCUCUUGUUGGUGUUAGCGGAAAGAGGAGUCGUGAUGAUGAGGCUUAUAUACAGCACAUUAUGGAUGCUAAUGCUCAGAGUCAUAAGAUUUUCAUCAUGGAUGCUCGGCCCAGUGUGAAUGCUGUUGCCAACAAGGCCAAGGGUGGUGGAUAUGAGAGUGAAGAUGCAUAUCAAAAUGCUGAGGUGCAGUUCCUGGACAUCCACAACAUCCACGUUAUGAGAGAGUCUCUUCGCAAGCUGCAAGAGGUGUGCUACCCCCACAUUGACAAUGCUCAUUGGCUCAGCAAUCUUGAAGCUACACACUGGCUGGACCACAUUCGAUGUGUGUUGAGUGGAGCCCUGCGUAUUGCUGACAAAGUGGAGAGUCACAAGACCAGUGUAGUUGUGCAUUGCUCUGAUGGUUGGGAUCGUACUGCACAGCUUACAGCUCUUGCUAUGCUAAUGUUAGAUGGUUACUACCGCACCAUCAGCGGUAUUGCAGUUCUUAUAGAAAAAGAAUGGCUUAGCUACGGUCAUAAGUUUGCUCAACGUAUUGGACAUGGCGAUGACCGCCACCAGGAUGCAGAUCGGUCGCCAGUGUUCCUACAGUUUGUCGACUGUGUGUGGCAGAUUAUGAGGCAGUUUCCACAUGCAUUUCAAUUUACUGAAGAUUUACUCAUCACAUUGCUGGAUCAUCUGUAUUCAUGCCUCUUUGGUACAUUCUUGUAUAAUAGUGAACGAGAAAGAAUGGAGAAGGAGGUGAAAACAAAAACAGUCUCGCUCUGGUCGUUGAUUCUUAGUAAUCAGUCGGAUUUUGAGAAUCCGUUAUAUAACCCAGCAACCCGCCAUCAUGUUCUCUUUCCUCUCACUUCUAUGCGUCAUCUUUGUCUCUGGGAUAAAUAUUACUGCAGAUGGAACCCAUCAAUGCGACAGCAGGAGCCGGUUCACAUUCGUUUCAAGGAACUCCUUCAUGUUAAGGGCCAACUUGAAAAGCGGGUUGAUGAACUUAGGAGAGAACUAGCAGCAAGACAAACUCACGAUUCUCCCCGUGUGGCUUCGGCCAUUGUGUGAUAAAUGUAAGUUUUCGUACUUGUGAUAACCACCCGAGGCAACUUGGAGGGAAUAAUUCCACAUGAAUGAGAUUAUUGAAUGAACUUGAGUAAACCUGUCAUAUCAGUAUAAUGUUGAUAUUUAUCUGUCUAAUGUAUAUAUAUUUUUCCCUACUUACGAGGUAGGGUAAAAAUAGUAGAAUCAUCCCUAGGUAUUAGGCUAUUUUUUCUUUCUGGCAGAAAGACUAAAAUUGGUCCUGUAGAAAAUUUUAUGCAGAAUAUGCAUUUGCCUUAAAAUCUGUUGUCAUUGUUUAUACAUUUCAGGCAGGUUAGAGAAAUGAAGGUAGUUCUUCAUUAUCGUGUAUUAUAUUAGACAAAUUAUUUUUUAUCUUUGUCAAAGACAAACUAAACAAACUACAUUUAUUUAAGUAAACCUUAUAAGGUUUCAAUACAUUGACUCAAGGGAAUGUUUUUGUAUACAAAGGCUGUGGUAUAUUAAAAACUUAACCCCCAUUGUUCCACUUAUGUGUUUGUUGCACACACAUAAAAAAUGCUCAUAACAUAUUAAGUAUGCACUUAUGUACAUUCUCAGCUAUCAUUAAAAUGAUCAGAAAGAUUACUUGAAAUGCGCCUAUUACUGGUAUAAGAAUUGAUGUGGAAACGAAUGCAGAACAAAUGUAACAUACCCAGAUCAUGUCGUAAUGUGGGGACAU